UUGACUUACUUAACUUUACUUUUCUAAUGGAAAAAUUUAAAACCGUUUUGAAAAAUAAAUUCGGAAUUCCAUAGGAAUCGUUUCGGCAAAAUCAAAAAACAGACAACAAGAUAAAUAAAAAUGGAUGAGGAACUAGGAAAGUUAGGUUGCGCGAUUAGUAUCUUGCUGACCAUUGUUAUGGCCGCCUUGGCGUACUUGUACAUCUAUCAAAAUCAACUACAUAGUGGUGGAGCCAGUCUUCUCGAUAUGAGAAAGCUGUACGCAGCCGAACUUCCGGACUUGCCACCAAUUAAGCUAACCUUGGAGCAGUUGCUUAAAUUCGAUGGAACUCGAUGCGAUGGAAGAAUUUUGGUGGCCCUAAAGGGAAAGAUUUACGAUGUAUCGAACGAUUUGCUAGAUUUCGGGUUGGAUGGAACCUUGUCUCAUGUGGCCGGCAGGGAUUUCACCCAGUACCUCAAAAUGAUUAUGGACCUUCAUGAAACCGAAAUUAACUAUAUUGAUCGGUGGGAAAUAAUUCUGCAGAAAAAUUAUUCAUGUGUGGGCAUAGUUAUUGAUGAGCUUGGCAGUCCGCUUAUCAAAUCAGAUGAGGAUUUGGGAAGUAAUAAUUUUCAAAAUACAAAAGAAGUCGAAGAAGUCGAAGAAGAUCAGAUGGAUGUUGUGCAAGAAGCAGAAGUCAGCGAAAUUCCUUCGGAAACUGUUGUUUCCAUAUAAAUGUCAACGAUUUUUUAUAGUCAAUGCAUUCUAAAAAAAAUAUAGCUGUAUUCACUCAAUUA